GCAGACAUGGUGAAAAAAUUGUGAUUCAAGCUCAGCAUUCAGGGCAUCACAAUCUUCGGCACUAUGUUCACCCACUAUGACUAUGACCUGCAGCUAUACAGAGGGCGAGAUUGUGACAUGGUUUUGUUUUUACAACAGUAUGACCUCGCAUGGCUUUGGCAGUGUUUGAUCAUGAUUUUUGAAUGGUUGAACACCGAGUCACCGACCUCUAGGCGAUUGCCAGAAAGUGCUCGCAAGUACUAACUAGUCUUUUGCAAUUGCCAAGGUCUUUUCACGGAAGGCUUGCUUGAG